AUGCUCGCUUCCGACGUCGUGGUGCUCAGAACCCUCGCAAAGCAGCUUCCGUCCUAUGAUUCUAUCUCAUCGCUACCUCCUCUCUACUCCUCUGAUCCAGCAAGCGGAGAACAAUCUAUCCAGCUCACGCCCAGGACAAGGUCUCUGGGUCGUCCUACCGGGACAUAUGUUCACAAGGCUGGUGACGCCACAGUGGUUCUGCUUGACCAAGAGGAUGGGGUGUCGACGCCGUCAUAUGGAAGACAGGCUGCUUUGUCCGGAAUCAUAAGCCUUGCUUCCUGCGAGACUGUGAGUGAAAUCAAAAUCAAGCUUGAUGGUCACAUGGACCUUGUCCUCAGCGGCGGUGUUUCUCAGAGCACUACGCUCGUCAAUGACACACACAGCCUAUGGAAGUACAACCCAGAGGCAGUUGAUGCAGGCUCUACUAGGUGUCCCUCCGAAAUUCCCUUCACGUGUGUUUUCCCUUCGAAAUUCAAGGACAAUAUCGGGCGUGAAUCGCCUCUCCCCCCGUCCAUGCAUGUCAUGUAUCCUGGGGCAUCAGGGCUGGUAGCGAGCUGCUUGUAUACCCUAACAAUCAAAAUCGUGAAGAUGGGCUUUUGGAAACAGGCGAAGAAAUUGACCAUCCCACUCAACUACCAUCCUCGAAGCAGGGCACCAUCAUUUCCGAAUCCCAACCCGGAUUUGUUUUCGGAUGUCAAAAUUUCUCCUGAGGAGUGGCAUCAGACUAUGUCAGUAAUCAAAUCAAGAAAGCCUGCUGUUACGCCACCAGUUCAAUGUCAUUUAUUUAUUCCAUCCGUUAGAGUCUUUGCGCUUUCUGAUGUUAUUCAUUUCCACGUCCAACUCACUGGACUUUUAUCCUCCCUGCGACAACUCGUCUAUUCUAAGCCGUCCAAAAGGUCAACGGAAAAAUUUGCCCCAAAAAUUCGAGUGUACCUCCUCCGACAGAUUACCGUGGAGGUGUGCGGUCAGAAAGGGUGGAAGAAUCUUACGUUGGCCGAGGGGACCCUUCGCCCUAGGCCCCCACCUAUCACGGCAUCUAGCUCCCCUGCGCACAGUGCAGAGGACAGCCUCGACUGGGAAGGCGAGAUCCAAUGCGAUGAGAAUGAGACUCGUGGCUGUCCAGGGUUCAUUACGACGGAUUUGACGGUCAAGGAUUUCAUUGUCCUGUCGAUAUCACCUCCCGAUGUGACGAAAUCCGACCUAUCACCUACGCAGGUGCCGAUUCCCAUCAAGCUAGUUACGGAGAGUGCGGAGACAUGGAGAGACGAUUAA